CGGCCCGGCCUCGGCAUGUCGGGCAGCCGCCCGCCGCCGCACCCCGCCGCGCCGCCCGCCGCCCCGGCCUCCUCCUCCUCCUCCUCCUCCUCUUCUUCCUCCUCCUCCGCGGCCAUGGCGCCCGGCUCGUCCUCCUCGGGCGGAGCGGCGGCUCGGCCCGUGCUGGUGGCUGCCGCCGUGUCGGGAUCGGGAGCGGCGGCGGGCGCGGGGCUGGCCCGGUUGGCGGCGGCGGCGCGGCCCGGUGGCGGCUCGUCGGGAGGCGGAGGGGCGGGAGGAGGGGGCAGGAAGAGGCCGCUGCUCACCCCGCUCUGCAACGGGCUGCUCAACUCCUACGAGGACAAGAGCAACGACUUUGUGUGUCCCAUCUGCUUUGAUAUGAUUGAAGAAGCCUACAUGACAAAGUGUGGACACAGCUUCUGCUACAAAUGUAUUCACCAGAGCUUGGAGGACAACAACAGAUGCCCCAAAUGUAAUUAUGUUGUGGACAACAUAGAUCAUCUUUAUCCUAACUUCUUAGUCAAUGAACUUAUUCUUAAACAAAAACAAAGAUCUGAGGAGAAAAGAUUCAAACUGGACCAUUCAGUGAGUAGCACCAAUGGCCACAGGUGGCAGAUAAUUCAAGAUUUGUUGGGAACUGAUCAAGACAAUCUUGACUUGGCUAACGUCAACCUGAUGCUGGAGCUGCUGGUGCAAAAGAAGAAGCAAUUAGAAGCAGAGUCCCAUGCUGCCCAGCUGCAGAUCCUUAUGGAAUUCCUCAAAGUUGCCAGAAGAAACAAACGAGAGCAACUGGAGCAGAUCCAGAAGGAGCUAAGUGUUCUGGAAGAAGAUAUUAAACGAGUAGAGGAAAUGAGUGGCUUGUACUCCCCAGUCAGUGAGGACAGUACGGUGCCGCAGUUUGAAGCUCCCUCACCUUCACACAGUAGUAUUAUUGACUCCACGGAGUACAGCCAGCCUCCAGGCUUCAGUGGCAGUUCUCAGGCCAAAAAGCAGCCGUGGUAUAACAGCACGCUCGCCUCACGACGGAAGCGGCUCACAGCUCACUUUGAGGACCUGGAGCAGUGCUAUUUUUCCACAAGGAUGACACGUGUCUCAGAUGACAGCAGAACCACAAGCCAGCUGGAUGAGUUUCAGGAGUGUCUAUCCAAGUUCACACGCUACAAUUCUGUCCGGCCCCUGGCAACGCUGUCCUAUGCUAGUGACCUCUACAAUGGCUCCAGCAUAGUCUCCAGUAUUGAAUUUGACCGGGACUGUGACUACUUUGCCAUCGCUGGGGUGACGAAGAAGAUUAAAGUCUAUGAAUAUGGUACAGUCAUUCAGGAUGCAGUGGAUAUUCACUACCCUGAGAAUGAAAUGACCUGUAAUUCCAAAAUCAGCUGUAUCAGCUGGAGUAGUUACCACAAGAACCUGCUAGCCAGCAGUGACUAUGAAGGCACAGUCAUCCUGUGGGAUGGGUUCACGGGACAAAGAUCCAAGGUCUACCAGGAGCAUGAAAAAAGGUGCUGGAGUGUUGACUUCAACUUGAUGGACCCAAAGCUAUUAGCUUCAGGCUCUGAUGAUGCAAAAGUGAAGCUGUGGUCUACCAAUUUGGACAACUCCGUAGCAAGCAUUGAAGCCAAGGCAAAUGUGUGUUGUGUCAAAUUCAGCCCUUCUUCUAGAUACCACCUAGCCUUUGGCUGUGCAGAUCACUGUGUCCACUAUUAUGAUCUUCGCAACACUAAGCAACCCAUCAUGGUGUUCAAAGGGCAUCGCAAGGCAGUCUCCUACGCAAAAUUUGUGAGUGGGGAGGAAAUAGUCUCUGCGUCAACAGACAGUCAGCUGAAGCUGUGGAACGUAGGGAAACCUCACUGCUUGCGCUCCUUCAAGGGCCACAUCAAUGAGAAGAAUUUUGUAGGGCUGGCGUCCAACGGAGACUACAUUGCCUGUGGAAGCGAAAAUAAUUCCCUUUACCUAUACUAUAAGGGCCUCUCAAAGACACUCCUGACAUUCAAGUUUGAUACGGUCAAGAGCGUCCUGGACAAGGACCGGAAGGAAGAUGACACAAAUGAAUUUGUGAGUGCUGUCUGCUGGAGGGCACUACCAGAUGGGGAGUCCAACGUGCUAAUUGCUGCUAACAGUCAGGGUACAAUUAAGGUACUGGAGCUGGUAUGAAGGCUUUUCUCAAGGCUUGAGGUACUUGGUCCUGCUGAUAACGCUGCAUUGUUCAUCUGGGAUCUUCAGUGGGACAAGAAACCGAAACCACCUUGAUGUUCCUCCCCAAAACCACCAUGUUUGUUUGUAUGUUUUCCCAUGUAUGGACUUUCAAGGACAUUUUUGAGAUGCUGGGAACACCGGUGAACUGUCUGCCAUCAACAUUAACUCCACAGACUUUGCUGCUGCUGGUGGUGGUAUGGUUGUCUAAUUUUUAUGAUAGGAAAACAAAUUCUUUAAAAUAAAAACAAAAAGGAAUAAUAAAAUUUAUUGAGCCACAAGCUGAAGCGGGAAGAUUCUCUCUUGUUGCACAUGGGAACAGAUUUACUGGGGAAGGGAGCGCUUACUGGACCACACAGGGCUGUCCUCAGUCGCACACCUCCAUUCGUCUUUAUCUGGACUAUUCCUUCAUCUCUGUUGGCAUGAAGUCUCUAAGCCUUACCUGGACGUGCAAGCAAUUUGCUUUCAGAUAUGGUUGAGUUGUUCCUUUGAUUUUAUUUUUUAGAUGCAUUAAAUGUUGAGAAAUGUCAUCCAGGUUGACGCCGCUGGAGACUAAAGUCCUUUGGUUACCCAGAAGAGAAGGGCAGCUUCCCCUUCUUCUUCCCUUUGUGCCCCUGCUCUGGCCCUAACGGGCUGCUCCAAAGGAGAGGAGUAAGUCAGCCUCUGACCCACGUGAAUCCAGUCCUCUGCUGCCUGCCACCAACUGUGAAGAAGUGACGUGAGCUGCAGCUGCCUGGGACCUGGACUGCCCCCACCGAGACAUCAUGGAGAGGUGACCUCAUUGACACUGAGCUGCCUGCCUUUGACUCUACCAGCUGGAGGAGAAAGUAUCUUGUUCCAGUUACCAAAGCCCUGCACCAUUCGUCUCCCUUGUGGUCCACUGACGUUUGCCCCUCUGCAAACCAUCAAUGGAAGCUGAGACUUGUGAAUGCUGUAAUAAGAGAGAGGAUGGAGUUGGUUUGUAAUGUGUUUCAGAGCCAUGAUAUAAGUAGCCUUAUUUUUAAUGGUCGUGCAUACACUUAACUGUACAUACGGAGGGGGAAUAAACCAUGAUGCUAAGA